CCGGACAGUGCAGCCCGGGCAGAGAAGCACAGCAGAGCUGGAAUAAACGACAGAAGGGACAUUGUUCACAUCCAGUGAGUAAACAAAUCCAAUGAGUGAAAGUACUUCAUUUGUUCGACUCUUCGUGGGGUUCCUGCUCAGUGUGACAGGUGUAUAUGCCUCCUGUCCCAUUGACUUGAACCCCCCAAGUGUUGUGGUGAAAUAUGGAGAAUCAGUCACAGUCAACUGCAGCACAUCGGAGAUCCUGUUCAGAGGAAUGGGCUGGGAGGCUUCACAUGGAGGCACAAGUAUACAGAAAGUCAAACACGUGGUCUGGACUGUAGAGAACCUCAAAGAAUGGGGCAUCACUCCGUCAUGCUUUAUCAACCCAUCACAAGAAAGUGAUUUCAAACAGUGCUUUAAGCACCCCAAAGUUGUACUUUACACAUUCCCAGAAAACAUUAGUAUCAGCUCCAGCAGUGGCCCAUCUGGUCCGAUGAUCGAAGGGGAGGAAAAUAAGUUUACAUGUGACAUCCCCAACAUUGCACCUGUUCAAAAUCUCAGUGUGAAGUGGUACAAAGGAGAUGCAAUGGUCUUUAUGGACACUUUUAAUAAUCUCAGUAAGGCACCAGUGGACGAGUCAUCUGUCUUCAACUUUAUACCGACCAGACAAGACAACGGAGUCACGAUCAGAUGCGAGGCCCAUUUGGACUUGUCGCCAGAAGGGCCACAACUUAAUGUAUCUUCACUGGGGUAUGAGGUUGAAGUUUACUUUGGACCGGAUGUCCAGUGUUCUGGUGCUUUACUGGACAAACUGGAGUUACUGGAAGGAGAAACUCUGAAGGGGAGGUGCUCUGUGACAGGAAAUCCCGACCCAUUUGUUGUAUGGCAGAAAGAUGGACAGCCAGUAGACCCGGCCCUUCCUCUGAGCAGGAAGAAUGCAGGCCUUUACGCCAUCGAAGCUGAGGGGGCUGGCUUAGUCAAAAAGAAAAUGCAGGUUCUCGUAUUGUAUGGACCAGAGUUGAGGUGUCAAAAUGAUUACACUGUGCUGGAGGACACUCCUUAUAGUCUGAACUGCACUGUGGAGGGCUAUCCUAAACCUGAGAUCAUGUGGACUAAAGAUGGCGAGGAAGUGGAACUUCCAGAGAAACUAACAAGACGUGAUUCAGGGCAAUACUUGAUCACAGCUUCAAGCGGUUCGUCAAGUGUCAGCCAAACAGUGAACAUUAAUGUCAUUUACCCUCCAUCACAGAUAUUUGAGCUUGAAGACUCUGAAGUCGACAUUGGUUCUGAUGUGUGGCUGAAGUGCUCCUCCAUGGGCAACCCUCGACCAAAAUAUUCCUGGGAUUAUUACCAGACCGCCAAUGUGAUACAGGAAGAUGAAGAUGGAGUGUCCCGUCUGCUCAUCCACAGUGCUACUAUAUACAACAUGGGCUUCUACACAUGUCACGCCUGGAAUGACAAAGGGAAUGUCUCUAAAACAGUCAGAGUUACUGUUAAAGGUGUCAGUUCUGAAUGCCCUGUUGAAAUAACUCCGGACAGGAUGGUGGUACAAUACGAAGACAGAGGCCAGCAUGCAACAUGCAAGCCAACCUCCACUGAUACAGAACAUGCGAAAGAAAUAUACUGGCAACUUAGUCAGGGCGUCCGAACUAACAGCACACGUUGGUUUGUUGACGCUGAUAAAGACUGGGACCCAAGGCCUGUUUGUAUUGCGACGUUUCACAUAAGAGGAACGUGCCAGAAACAUUUAAACUUCACUCUCUACAAAACACCAGAUAGUGUCUCCAUCCGUCAUGUUGAUAACUUGAGCUCUGUGGUUGAGGGGAGAGAGUUCCAGCUGCAGUGUGACAUUAUCAACGUUGCUCCUGCACAAAACCUCAUUGUGAGGUGGUAUCAAGGGAAUGAAACCUUCCAGCCACUUCUAAAAGGCUCAAUGCGAGUGACUGGCUGCCAGCCUGAGAACGACACAAACUGUGACAUCGCUGUGAUCCGAUCUCCGCUAAACGUGUCAUCCACCAUCAGCAUCACUCUGGACAGAAACCAAACUGGAGCGAAGUUCAGAUGUGAGGCUGAGUUGAAUCUCGGACCUGAGGGACCGCAGCCUCCUCCAACCGUGAUGUCCAGUCCCCUCAACGUCACCGUCUACUAUAAGCCCAGCAUUAAUAUUGCAAAGCUUCCAAAGAGGGUCCCAGUGUUCAAAGGUUAUCCCGAGGAGCUUGUUUGUGAAGCUGACGGCCACCCGCCUCCAAAGAUCCUGUGGCUCUACAGUCCCGACAAAGUGCCCCGCAUGUCUGGAAACACACUUAUUGUAUCUGAAGCAGGCAUCUACAACUGCAGCGUCGCUAAUGAAGUUGAUUCCACGUCCCAUGAGGUCGAAGUGAUUUUAAAAGAGGACUACCUUCCACUCAUAGCUGGAUUUGUGGCUCUCACAGUUGUUUCGAUCUCCGUCGUCUUCCUCUUCAUCUACUCAAUCUACUACAAGAACACCAAGAUGCGCCGCUACAGUCUUAAAAACCCCAAACUGGACACCCCCAGUGGAAACGUAGCCCACAAUGGCUGGGACAUGCAGUUUCCUAUGACCAAACUGUCUUAUGUCACAGUCACAGAGUCCUCAGGGACCCCACAACCAGCAAGAAAACCUGUGAGUUCCUCCUGUCCUAUCAAGAUGACCCCUCCCAGAGUUGUGGUGAGAUUUGGAGACGGCUUCUCGGUUAACUGCAGCUCAUCAUCCAACCGGUCAACAUCAGUGGGCUGGGAGGCUGCAUAUGGCCAAGGGAGAGGACUUAGACCUAAGGCGUCCUCUACUGUCCUAGCAAUUGACUCUGUGAUAGGCUGGUCCUUCAUACCACAAUGCUUCAUCAAUCUCCUUGAUGGUUAUCAGUGCUCUGAAAACCUACCAGUCACUGUUUACAAAACGCCAGAUGAUGUUUCCAUGUCUCACCCAAGUCAAAUGGACCCCAUGUUAGAGGGAGAAACAUAUCGCAUGCAGUGUGACAUUAUUAAUGUUGCACCAGUGAAAAACCUCACUGUGUACUGGCACAAAGGGAAUAAGACCAUUUAUACUGACAGAUUUCAAGAGUCCAGUCUGUCUCCACUCAAUAAGUCAUCUAUCUUCAAUCUGACCGCCGAAAGAGGUGAUAAUGGAACUCAGAUCUGGUGUGAAGUAAAGCUGGACUUUUCACCAUCAGUGCCAAAUCUUCCCACAGUCCAGUCAAAGCCACAUGACGUCAUUGUACUGUACCCACCAACUUUUACCAAGCCUGGAAAUGAGACGAUGGAGCUCUCAAGUGGUGGUAAAAUCAUUUUAGAUUGCACUGCUACAGGAAACCCAAUGCCAGUAUACAAAUGGAGUUUGGCACACCCGAUACAGACAAAGACAAAUCAAAAUGAGAAUCAACCCAUUUUGACUCCAUCCAUUGAGCUUCCAGGGAACUACAGCUGCACUGCGUCAAACACCCAGGGCAAGAGCACCAAAUAUUUCACUGUCGUCCAAGCUAAAAGGGACCGCACAACCUUCGCAGUCUUGGUUGGAGUACUUGCGUCCCUGGGAGUCCUGCUCCUCAUCAGCGGUCCUUUUUUUGUGACGCAGUACGGCACAUUUUCUUUCAGCAAAGGCAGCUAUCUCAAAGGACAGCCUACCUCAUCAGGACCUACCUCAGUCAUGUCUCUUAAAGGUCUGGGAGCAUGGUCUAUUCUGCACGCUCAGCUGGUGGACUUUGUGCUCAUGCUUGGCCACUGUAGCUUUAAGAAUGUGGGGCCCUUUUGUCCAAACAUUGUUCCCUGCAGAGUUGCCAAGCUUGUUCAAGUUGGAAUUUUCUCUCUGUCGCCCGCUAAUCGACGGCUCGGUGCAGAAAGUAACAUGGAGAACAACUUUCUCAAAUGGAUUUUGACGCUCUGCACGUUUUACUCCGUGUCAGCUGAGGGCUGCUCCUUGAUCCUGAAACCCUCCAGGGUGGUGGUGGGUUUUGGGGAGCCAGUGUCCGUCAGUUGCGAGGCCGCUCGGCCGGUCCGUGUCCUGGGCUGGGAAUCGGCCAUCAGCGCCUCACACACCCAACAGGACCUGUCUGUCCAGUGGAAGGUGGACAGUCUCAUUGACUGGAUAGAGGAGCCUAUCUGUUAUGGAGUGUUUUUCACAGCUCCAAGACAGUGUGAGGAAAAACUUAACCUUGUGCUCUACAAAACUCCAGACAGUGUCUCCAUCAGGCCUGUGAACCACACCGGUCCCAUGGUGGAAGGUAAAGAGUACCAGCUGCUAUGCGAGGUGCAGAACAUUGCUCCUGUUCAGUACCUGACGCUGAGGUGGUACAAGGAGCAGACUGAGGUCUAUAACCACUCCUUCUCCGACCUCACAUCUCCCUCGCCAGUCCAAGUGUCCUCUAUCCUCAUGGUCACACCGACCAAAGCUGAAAACGGAGCACAGUACAGAUGCGUAGCAGAGCUGGAGCUCGGACCAGAGGGACCACAACCGGCUCCUACUGUGACCUCAGAGCCUCUUAAUGCUUCUGUGUACUUUCCUCCAACAUUCCCCAGUCCUGAACCAGAGGUUUUGGAGCUUAUAGAUGGUGCUGAAAUGUCCCUGAACUGCACAGCCACAGGAAACCCAACACCUCUGUACAGCUGGCAAUCCUCUAAUCCCAUUCAGGAGAGGAUGGAGGAUGAAGCAGUACUUACCUCCUCCUCACUGCUCCCAGGGACCUAUACCUGCACUGCCUCCAACACACUGGAGAAGAGGAGCAAGCAGUUCAUUCUCAAGGCCAAGACCAAAGGUGUUUGAAAGAAGAGCUCUUGAGAUGGGAGCAGAUGACCACAUUGGACAUACAUGGAGAAUUCAACUAAGGGGAUUUUACUGUUGCUGCUUUGGAGGCAGAAGUGACAUUCAUGACUCGACAGAUAUUUAUGUGGAUCUUGCUUUCAGGCAGAAUUAGAUCUUGUUUAAUAAGACCUGAAUGUUGUCAUUUAAUUUGUCAGUAUUUUAACAUGAAUGCAUUCUAUGAGAUAGAUUGGUGGUUUAGGAUUUAGUUUACUUUUUUAUGCUUUCCAUGUGAUAUCCUGUCUCUAAUUUAUAUUUUAUGGUAGGCUUAUUUUCGUAUUAAUAAAAUUAUCUUGUAACCACCACUCUUGAUAUAGCAAUGAUGACUACUUUGUUAUUAAUGCAUGCUGAAAAAUGUAUUACGCAAUGUUAAAGAUCAGCAGGUCAUUACUGUAAAUAUGAAUUGUUUCUUAAUUUGCCUAUUUGAA